AAACUUACAUAUCAACAAUGGAGAGAUGAGAUAAAAAAGUUAUUAGAUCCUAAAAUAGAUCUUUUCUUAAAGAAUUUAAAAAGAUUCUUAUUUGAGAUUUUACCAAUUUUUUUUGAUGCAUAUAAGAUGGAAUCUGAGAAUUCUUUAAUAAAUUAUGACAUACUAGAGGAAGAAUAUAUGUCUACAUCUGAUGGCAUAGUAUAUACAUCAAAUUUAAGACCUUAUAAAAUUAGUGUAGUUGAAGAAAGUAAGCCAUAUGAAAAUGAUUGUGAUAUACAAAUUUGCAAAGCUGCUAAAGACAUUAUAAAUUAUUUG